AAAUGACGCGAAGUUAAUGAUUGGACGCCACAGAUUGUUUAACAACUAAUAAAAAUAAAGUAAAUAAUGGUGAAUAAUGAAAUAAUAAAAAAAAUGAAGGAGAGAAAAUUGAAAUGACGAGAAAAGAAAUUAGAAAAAUUAUUCAUUUUUUUGGGAAUGUGACGGUCAUGUUUCGGGUCACAUACGCCCUUGUGUCGGGACAAGCGUGUUCCGUCGAUUGUUCAUUAAAAAUAAUUGCUAGCAUCGCGUCGGACGUUUGACCCGUAUUUCUGCGAGAAAUUCGGAUUAUUUGUAAUUACAAGGAAUCGGUUAAUAUUAAUUAAUUAAUAUGUUCAAGAGGAAAUUGAAAGCUCUGAAGUAUGAGUUCUGGGAUCAGGUUAAUGGUAAAGCAGAUCCCGAGCACUUGAAAAAACUAGUUGUAUGGUUGGAAGACCAAAAAAUUCGCCAUUACACUGUCCAAGACAGAGCUCCUCUGCGAGACAUUAAUAAUCAAGAAUGGGAAAAAGUGUUCGAGAAGUACAUCCUGGACGUUGGAUGUCCAGUAACCACGACUAGUUUAGACAAGCUCGAGUGGCUAGUCGGCCUGGCUGUGCGCCUCGAGUUCGAGAAUAAACUUGAGAAGUAUCAAAUAAAGAGGGAUGGAGAGAAGACUGAUGCUGUGGUUCCCAGCGUAAAAUCAACGAAUCCUCUGGACAAUCUAGACUUCACCAGUAACGAAUUCAAGGAAGGCGUGCAGUCAAUAGCGAAAUUACUGAAAAUAGCUCAACACCCGAAUCACUUGAUAACUCUGGAGGCCUGCAGUAAAUACGUGGCAGCCCGGUUGAACCCAGCAGCUCUGAAGAACCCUCGAUCCCUCACGAUCAAGGGCACCCCAUUCCCAAUCAUGGAGACAGAAAUGGGUUUCGACAUGGGGGAUAAAGUCCUGAACAACACAGCUAAAGCCUUGAAUCUUCUGUACAUCCAGGACCUCAGAAACCUCCAGACUAGCAUCAACGAGGCCAUAGUCGCUGUCCAGAACAUAACAGCCAACCCCAAAACAGAUACGAAGGCUGGAAGAGUUGGGAUUUAAUUUGUGGGGGAGGAAACACUACUCAAAGCUGCUUCAUUCCUCAUUAAAUACUCGUCAUGUGUAUCUUCAUCCGCAUUUUCUCUCGUGUAAUAUAGAAUUCCAUCCCCAUAUCUAUAGAUUCACGAAUAAAAUGUGAAUAGGAAUCAAUUACUCAUUCUGAAUCCAACGUAUAAAACAGGAUGAACGUCGAUCUAAAUUUGGAUAUUAUCGUGAACCUGAAACACUCGAGGAGAAAAACUUCUCUGGAAUUUUGAGAUAAUAAAUAUUUAUUAAAUUUACAAUACAUUUAAAAAAUUUCAUUAGAACUCUUAGAAUAAAUUUGUGGAUGUCGAGGAAUGUAAUGGCAGGCAAUUCACUAUUUCAUUAAUAUGUAUUGGAUUGAGAGGGUGGGGUAAAAUAGGCACUUGUGAUGUUUCUUUAAAUGACAAUUCUUUAAUUUGUUUUAAAAAUAAACUAAAAUACAUCUGUCGUGCACUUCUCCUCUGGAUCUAAACUGAGUUCAACUGGUGAAUUUCUUCUUGAGUUUUGGAAAAGGCAAAUACACCCAUUUAACCCCACCCUCUCCCCCUCAACAACUAGAACAGAUUUUUUAAUCUUCAAAUUGCGUGAGGCACUGCUUAAGUAUCCCUACGUAUUCCAAAUUGAAUUGCGCAUAUAAUCUCUAAUGUGGAUGGAAUAUUCGGAGACAGUCUGACCAACGUCUCCAGCUGUCACUGGAUAUUAAAAAACUGCGAUGACUGCCAUUCGAUAAACUAGUGGAAUAUUUAAAAUUAAGCGGAGAUAUGUAGAAACAGCACAAUAGUGCCAGUGUUGGGAGUAACAAUAGAAAAUCAUGGGAGCGUCAACCCCCAGAGGAUCUUCAUUUAAAAUUCAAAUCCAUGCAUAUGUAACAAAUUAAACGACGAACGAAUUUUUAUUCAGAGUUUUUUUGAUUGAGCAAGUGUCACGGAGAAAUCUUCCUCAUUCAUCAAUGAUUUUUACUCGUAGGAAGUUGAACACGAGAAGUUGAACCUUUCGCGACAAGAAAAUAUUCUCAAAAAUGACAAUUUGAAGGAGAAUUCCUGUUUGAAAU